AUGCAUCUUCCAAAUCCAAAGGGGAGUAAUGCUGCAAGAAAGGUUGGUGGCAAUGGCCUGGUCGCGAUUGCUAUUGACAACGAUAAGGGAAGCCAAAAUGCACUUAAAUGGACCAUUGAAAAUCUUCUCACAAGAGGUCAAACUGUAGUACUCAUUCAUGUCUUAAACAGGGCGCCUGUUGCUUCACGGACAUUUGUGAACAAUUUUGCCAUUCACGAUCUGUAUGCCGCUGCAGGUGUGCAUCAGCAAACGCUUGAAAAACUUACUAAAGAGCUAUUCCUUACUUUCCAUUGCUUUUGUACUCGCAAAGAUAUACAAUGCUUCGAUGUGGUACUGGAGGACACAGACAUAGCAAAAGCAUUAACAGAGUAUGCUGCCCAUGCUGCAAUCGAGAACUUGGUUCUUGGUGCAUCCCAUCAUGGCUUUAUCAGGAGAUUGAAGACAGUAGACAUUCCGACCUGCGUAUGCAAAGUAGCUCCAGACUUCUGCACUGUUUAUGUUAUCUCAAAAUCAAAGAUCUCCGCUGUGCGGAAUGCUUCUCGUCCAGCACCAUUCACUUCCCCCCUUCAUAUCCAAAUACACCAAAUGCAGGACCAUCCUAAUGGUGGUAAUACUUUUUCCCCUGAUGCACGUCCCACUCCCAGGCAUACUCCCAGUUUAAAAGUUACAGGAAGGACACCACGAAAGUUGAUGAUGCUACCUGAUGAGCACGAUUUACUCAAGUCUCCAUUUUCAAGGUCAAAAGGUUUCAAUGGAAAGUUGUUCGGGGAUCUCUCAGAAUCUGAAUCUGAUAUAUCAUUCAUAAGUUCUGAUAGGCCAAGCACGGAUCGUAUGUCCAGUAUGAUCCUCGAUGGCAUGGAUUCAGGUAGGACCUCACGAUUGUCAACCAGCUCAGAAAGUAGUAAUGGCUCAGUGCUCUCAGGGGCCAAAUGGAGCGUAUUCAGUUCUUUUACUGACUUCUCAUCAUCUUCACUUGAAAAUGAUGAUGUUGAAGCUGAAAUGAGAAGGCUAAAGCUAGAGUUGCAGAAAACAAUGGAAAUGUAUAGCACUGCCUGUAAAGAAGCUCUAACAGCAAAAGAAAAGACAGUGGAGCUACAACGAUGGAGGAUGGAAGAAGAACAAAGAUUAGAAGAGGCUCGACUUGCAGAGGAAGCAGAGAAAAAGACUUCUCAACAACAGCAAGGUAACUCCAAGGCAAACAUAGAGAAUAAUGAAGCAGCUCAAAGAAUUGAAGAAAUAGAAUCACAAAAAAGAAUAAAGUCUGAAAUGAAAGCCAUUGAAGAAUCAGGCAAGGAGCAAGACACGUUAAAUCCAUUAAUUUCAUUAAGAUACAGAAGAUAUACCAUUGAUGAAAUUGAAGAGGCAACAGAAUAUUUUACUGAAUCUCGAAAGAUUGGAGAAGGAGGGUAUGGUCCUGUUUUUAAGUGUCGUCUUGAUCAUACACUAGUUGCAGUUAAGGUCUUGCGCCGAGAUGCUGCUCAAGGAAGGUCACAGUUUCACCUAGAGGUUGAAGUUCUGAGUUGCAUGAGACACCCCAACAUGGUUUUACUGCUUGGAGCCUGCCCAGAAUACAGUUGUCUAGUUUAUGAAUACAUGGCUAAUGGUAGCUUGGAAGACCGUCUCGUCCAGAAAGGAAACACGCGGCCACUCUCAUGGCAACAUCGAUUCCGUAUUGCUGCAGAGAUUGCCACUGGCCUACACUUUCUUCACCAAACCAAGCCAGAGCCGCUGGUCCACCGUGAUCUCAAACCGGGAAACAUUCUUCUUGACAAUAACUUUGUAAGCAAAAUCAGUGAUGUUGGAUUAGCUAGACUCGUCCCUCCUUCUGUAGCAGAGGAUGUAACACAAUACCGAAUGACAUCAACAGCUGGAACAUUCUGCUACAUUGACCCUGAAUAUCAGCAAACAGGAAUGCUCGGGGUUAAAUCUGAUAUUUAUUCCUUUGGAAUCGUUCUUCUACAACUAUUAACAGCCAAACCAGCAAUGGGAUUAACUCACCUUGUUGCCCGAUCAAUUGAAAGGGGGACAUUUAAAGAGAUACUGGACCCUUGUGUGCCUGAUUGGCCAGUUGAAGAGGCCAUGAACUUUGCAAAUCUAGCAAUCCAAUGUGCAGAACUAAGAAGGAAAGACAGGCCGGACUUAGGCAAGGUUGUUUUGCCUGAGCUUGAUAGAUUGAGAGAUUUAGCAGAUGAAAAUAUGAACCAUUUCUUUGUGGGUGGAAGUGCAGGUCCCUCCCCCAGCUACAGCCACGCUUCUUUGGCGCAGGAAGUCAAGAGUGAUCCUCAAGUACAAUCUGAAUACAGCAAUUGCAAGGGCUGUUCAAGCUCAGCAUCACUGCCAGAAAAUUUUUCAGAAACUAAUGCAUAA